AUGGUCAACAGCAGACUGGGCAGCAUUGGAACACUCCGGCCAUUCUCGACCAAGAAGAGACUCAUCCCAUCCUUCCUCCCAUCCAACCGCACACUCGAAUUCAGACUCAACAACAACAACAACAACAACAACCAUCUCAAACAAAACAAACACAAACAACCAUCCACCAUCCUCAGAUUCAACCAGCAAAACUCGACCAUCAAGCCGCCCCCCGAUCCGAUAGAGUCCAUCAGAGAUAACAUCGAUAAACCCUUCCUGGCCUCCAGGAACUCGCUGCCUAGAAGAGACGACCUUUCGGCGAUCAGAUCCAUCCUCAUCGAUCGCAAUGCCCGCAUCCUGUCCUCUCGCGCUCUCUCCAAAAGCGAGAUCUGCGCCCAAAAUCGAUUGCAGCCUCGAGAUCUGCGCAAGAUCGAUUCGCGCAUCUCGAAUGUCGUGCCGUCGAUCCUUGUCAGAGACGAAGCGAUCAUCUUUAAUGUUCUGAAUAUCCGGGCCUUGAUUCGAGCGGAUUCGAUCCUUAUCUUCGAAGACCCAAGUUCUCCGUCCCUAUCGCACAACCAUACCUCUUCUCCUUCUACGACUUCUUCUUCUUCGACUGCAACUUCGAGCGAGAAAUCGACGUCUGUGAACGAGAAAGCUUCUCCGGAAUCAUCAGCGACCACUCGAUAUUCGAUCCGCUCGGCUUUCUUGCACAACUUGCUCAACAACCUCGUCGACCAUCAUAAUCCCAAUCAAGCCGAAAACAGUCAUGAGCAACCCAAUCAAUGCUCGCCAAAAUCCACCGAACUUCCUUACGAAUUUCGGGCUUUGGAGACCAUGUUGGGAUCAGUAGCUACGACGUUGGAGAGCGAAUUAGGAGUCCUGAAGACUCUCGUAUCCAGUCUUUUAGAUGGCUUGGAACAAAACAUCGAGAGAGAAAAGUUGAAACAGUUGUUGCUCUAUUCUCGCCGCUUAUCCGCGUUCAAUAGUCGGGCAUUAUUGGUCCAAAGAUGUUUGGACGAAAUCCUCGAAAACGAACAGGAUAUGGCAAAUGCUUAUCUAAGCGAAAAGAUCUUGAAUAAAAGUCCCAGACAAGUUCAUGAUCAUGAAGAGUUUGAACAGCUCUUGGAGUCGUUUUCGAAGUAUGUCGAGGAGAUCGUUCAUGAGGGCACAUCGACAUUAACGAAUAUUAAGAGUACGGAGGAGAUCAUCGAUUUGAUUCUCGAUUCCAAUCGCAAUACCUUGUUGGCGUUGGAUUUGAAGGUGUCGAUCGGGACGAUGGGGUUAGCAGUCGGAGCAUUAACAGCCGGCCUAUUUGGGAUGAAUUUACGGACACAUAUGGAGGCGGAUCCGUAUGCGUUUUAUGUGGUGACCGGCCUGACCUUAGUUGGGGUGAUGAGCACGAUCGGGUAUGGAUGUCGACGGCUGUACCGGCUCCGGCGGGUCGGCCUGAGCUCGGUCACUAGUCCUUCUUCCUCUGCUAUCGCCGCCGCUGGUUGUAGUCGGAGGAUCAUCUCCACCGGGUCCGCCGCUAAAAACGGCGGGAUCCUCGAUUGGGACGUCCCUCGUCAUCCUUCGCAUUCUCACUCUAACUCCUCUUCUCAUUGAAUCUUCCCCCCCCCCC